AUGCCUGCCAGCAUGUUCAGCAUCGACAACAUCCUGGCCGCCCAGCCGCGCUGCAAGGACUCGGUGCUGCCGGUGGCUCCCAGCGCGACGGCUCUGGUCGUCUUCCCGGCCCUGCACGGGGAUUCGCUCUACGGCGCCAGCGGCAGCGCCUCCUCGGACUAUGGCACCUUCUACGGGCAGCUGCACGUGCAGGCAGCUCCCAUGGGUCCGGCCUGCUGUGGGGCCGUGUCGCCCCUGGGUGCCCAGCAGUGCUCCUGCGUCCCGACGCCCCCAGGCUAUGAGAGCCCUGGCUCGGUGCUGGUGUCCCCGGUACCGCAUCAGAUGCUGACCUACAUGAACAUGGGCAUGCUGUCGCGCACCGAGUUGCAGCUUCUCAACCAGCUGCACUGCCGGCAGAAGCGGUGGCACCGCACCAUCUUCACUGACGAGCAGCUCGAAGCGCUUGAGAACCUCUUCCAGGAGACCAAGUACCCGGACGUGGGCACGCGCGAGCAGCUGGCCGGGAAAGUACACCUCCAGGAGGAGAAAGUGGAGGUCUGGUUUAAGAACCCCCGCGCCAAAUGGAGGCGGCAGAAGCGGUCUUCAUCGGAGGAGUCCGAGAACGUGGAGAAGUGGAACAAGACGUCGUCCUCGAAGGCAUCGCCGGAGAAAAGGAAAUAGGAAGGUAAAAGCGAUUUGGACUUGGACAGCUGACGGCCGCGGGACACUUGCCCAUGUUACUUGCCUAACUAGAAGGACUUGCACAG